UCAUCCCCUCCAAUCCUGCCCUGCUCUCUGCGUGGAGGAAGGGCAAGAGAGAGGGAGAAAGAGAGAGUUUUUCACCAGUAAUCUUCUCGCAGUCUGCUGGAGCUCAGGGGUGGUGGCAGAGAGAGAGAGAGAGAGAGAGAGAGAGAGAGAGACAUUACACCCAGCGCUACUGGAAUCUAAACUACCUUUCCUGACAGGGGCGGUACCAGAGCCCACAGGGUCCCAGAGAGAAGAGAGAGGAGCAGAAGGAAGAGGAGACUACAGGGUACCGCCUGCAUUGUGAGUUGUGUUUGUCGUUGGUGAGAGUGUCUUGGAUCCGUUGCCAUGGCAGCUGAGAAAGCUGAAGUGGAAGCCCUGAAAAAGGAGUGUGAUGGGCUCCGGACGAAGAUCGAGGCGGCCCGUAAGGCGGUGGCAGACAGCACCAUGCAGGGUUCUGCCGGGGGCGUGGAGGCCGUGGGCCAUCAGCUGAAGCAGAGGAAGAACCUCAAGGGACACUUGGCCAAGAUCUACGCCAUGCACUGGGCCACCGACUCACGGCAAAUGGUCAGCGCCUCCCAGGACGGCAAACUACUGGUGUGGGACACCUUCAACGGGAACAAGCUGGUGGCGGUGCCGCUGAAGUCCUCCUGGGUGAUGAGCGUGGCCUACGCGCCCUCAGGGAACCUGGUGGCGAGCGGCGGGCUGGACAACAUGUGCACCGUGUACAACAUCAAGGCCGCCUCCCCCAAGACGCUGAGGGAGCUGGACGCACACACAGGCUACCUGUCCUGCGCUCGUUUCCUUAGCGACACCGAGAUCAUCACUGCCUCCGGUGACACCACCCUGUGAGUCCGCAGCCUGACGGUGGCCUCCCUUCGGCGAGGCACUGUACUCUCAUGUCUCUGGAUUCACUCCCUCCACUCCCUCUUGUCUGAAUUGAUGAUCUUAUUCACUUAUUGUAUGUCGUACAUCCGUACGCAAUUAAAACAGUACUUAGCAUUGUGUAGCAUCUUACCCUAGCUAUGUGGUGUAUACGGGGAAUGGAUGAACCUAGUGAUGGUUAGUGCUUGGCACUUGUUCUAUGAACACCCUACUGUACCCACAGAGAUAUUUUGUUGUUUCUCUUUCUCCUGACUAAUGUACUUACUGUAAGUCGCUUUGCGUAAAAGCGUCCGCUAAAUGCCCUCAAUGUAA